AUGUUACUCCUUUUAGCAUUCCAAGUUAUGGGAGACGAUUGGGAGACUGAUCCAGAUUUUAUUAAUGAUAUAACAGAGAAGGAAAGCCGAUGGGGUUCAAAAACUGUGGAAGGCUCAGGACAUCAAGAUGCAGUAAAAUUAGCUGAACUUCGUCAGCAGACUCUAGAAUCGGACACAAAACUGAGGGAGAAACGGUUGGCUGAAUUACCGAAGGCUAGUGAAGGUUAUGGCGGCAAGUAUGGGGUGCAGAAAGAUCGGAUGGAUAAGAGCGCUGUUUCUUAUGAAUAUGAAGGCACAACAGAAAAGCAUGCAUCACAGAUGGAUAUGGCUCAAGGUUAUGGGGGCAAAUAUGGUGUCCAGACCGAUCGUAAAGAUAAAAGUGCACUGGGAUGGGAUGAGAAAGUUGAAUUAGCGCAACAUGAAAGCCAAAAAGAUGCAGCAUUAGGUUACGGUGGUAAGUUUGGUGUUGAGGCGGACAAAGUUGACGAAAGUGCUAUUGGAUGGGAGGAAAAAGACAAGGAAUUUAUGUAUUUUGCUGUAGAGGAGGCCAAGAAAGCGGGUAAUUUGUUAGUGGAGCUUAGGAGAAAGUGGGAGGGAUCGAAGAAAUUAUUUAACCAGAGGAGUUUCGGUUGUCAUUUGCAGUUCGCCACCGGGCAUAACAUAAUGAUGGGUCAGUGGCGUUUAAAGCUUGACGAAAGUGGCCCAGCAGCAAUGCUAUUUUACCGAGUAUUUGUUGAGGCUUCCUACAGAACCUGGCAUUAUAGCAUUAUUGUUUCAUUUUUAAUUGACAAUUAUUCUCGAGGCUUCGGUGGAAGAUAUGGGGUAGAAACUGACAAACAAGACAAAAGUGCAGUCGGUUGGGAGUAUCAGGCACAUUUGGCUAAACAUGAAAGUCAACAAGAUUAUUCAAAAGGUUUUGGUGGUAAAUAUGGUGUCGAAAAGGAUCGAGUGGAUAAAAGUGCUGUCGGCUGGGGAAAUCAUGAGAAGUUAAAUCAGCAUGAAAGUCAAAUAGAUUACAAGAAGGGAUUUGGAGGUAAAUUUGGAGUGCAAGGUGAUCGGAAAGAUAAAUGUGCUAAAGGAUGGGAUGAACCAGAAAAAGUACAGCCUCACGAAAAUUACAAGAAGGGUUUUGGAGGCAAAUUUGGCGUGCAAGGUGACAGACAAGAUAAAAGUGCCAAGGGUUGGGAUGAGCCGGAAAAAGUUCAACCUCAUGAGAGUCAAGUUGAUUAUAAAAAGGGCUUUGGUGGCAAGUUUGGUGUUCAAGAAGACAGGAGAGAUAAAAGCGCGAAAGGAUGGGAUGAGCCGGAAAAGGUUGCUCCUCACGAAAGCCAAAUUGAUUACAAGAAAGGAUUUGGAGGACAAUUUGGGGUCCAGAGUGACCGGCAAGACAAGUCUGCUGUUUCUUUCGAACACCAUGAGAAGCUGGCACAGCAUGAGAGUCAGAGAGAUUAUUCUCAUGGGUUUGGCGGCAAGUACGGUGUGGAUAGCGACAAGCAAGAUAAGUCGGCAUAUAGUUAUAACGAACCGGAACAAGAAAAGCAGCCUAAUAAAACUUCUAGAGCCGUUCCGGGCAGAACUGCGGCAUCAAGCUUGACAGCUCGCUUUGAAAAAUUGGCCACUUCUGACGAUGGAGAAAAAGUAAGAUUAGAGAAAGAGCGAAGACGAAGAGAGGAUGAAGAACUCAAGAAGCAACAAGAGAAGGCAGAGGAGGAACGUCAAAAGAGAGUGGCUGAAGAGUGGAAGAAGAGGGAAGCACUGAAUGAACAAAUGGGUGAGGAAACUGUGGAGGCAAGUAUAAAUGAAAAUGAGCGGAAGUGGCAAAGUUCAGCGGUUCCCAGACCUCACCGUACUCCAGUAGGUGCUGUAGCCAUAAUGCCUGGACUUCCACAACUAUCACCACAUUCUGCUGCUCGAGGAGAUCAGAAGGUAGUAUCGGAGCAAAGCGAAAGCUACGCAACUCCAAAAUCGGAACAAUUAGCUCCUGUUCCAGUCUUGCCAGGUGCCAAAGAAAUCCCUGUUGGAGGCGAACAUAGAUCAGUUCGUGAAAUGAUUCGUCGGCCACCGUCAUCUUCUGAUGAAGAAAAUGAUGAACAAGCGUGGGAAGACGAACCUGCCAAUGCACAGAGCAAAAUUACUGCUGCAUCUUCAAAUGCUCCAGCGAUGGAUAAAUCUUACGCUUCAAAAAAUGCUCCUCUCAGCCAGUAUGAUUAUGUGCCUGAGGAGGUCCCACCUCCCGCUCCUACUGUCUCGAGUAAUACACAGGGAUCAAAUUCAUAUAUUGCGCAGUAUGAAGAACCUCCUGCAGAAAUCUCAGAUCCACUUUCUGGUCCUGCCCAUCCAUUAAGCUCUACUGGAUUAACUGCAGUUGCCACUUAUGAUUAUCAAAAACAGGACGACGAUGAAAUUAGUUUUGAACCCGGAGAUGUUAUCACCAACAUUGAGCAGAUAGACGCUGGAUGGUGGCGCGGAGUGUGCAACAACCAGUAUGGACUGUUUCCUGCAAAUUAUGUGGAGCUGCGUUAA